AUGGCCUACCCUGCAUACGACACGUAUUCGGCCGGCUACCCCCUUCAGCACUCGCUCUCCCAUGGGCCACCGGUCUUUGGCGGCCACCCUACGGAGUACCCGUACUCCGACCCAGGAUACGGCCCCGGAUAUGCAAGCAGCGGUGUCUACCCCGCAUACGGCCCUCAAAGGUCGAUGAGCCAGUACGCGUACGAUGACCUCGACAUCCGAGACCCCUACUACGCUGACCGCCGCAUCAGCGCGCCAUAUGGGAUGGGCCGCCGCGCUUCAAGGAUGACGCGCUCCCUCUCUCGCAUGAGCCGGCACGCUGGAAUGGGGUACGACGCGAUGCGGUCGACGGUGAUCAAGUUCAAGCGCAAGGGUGGCUUCCGGAGCGGCAUCACCCUCGGGGAGGCCAUGUCCGACGCACACUUGAGCAGCAACCACGACUACAGCCUGUACGACCUCAACGCGGACGCCCGCGGACGCAUCAUUCUCAAAAUCCGCUGGUCGGGAUACAACUCGAUGACAUACGAACUCCCCGCGGACGGCUACGACGGCCGCGUCGAGCUUCAGACCCUCGCACGGAGGAUCGCACGCGCGUGCGUGCACUUCUUGCAGGUAUGCAUGCCUGUCAGGUUGGCAUAUUGCCUGGGGUUCAAGCCUCCCGAUGGCCAAUUUACAGUCUUAGCUGGCUUCGUUCUCACCGACGAUGAGGCAUCCAAAAUCAUUUCUCUUGGUACCGGGUCCAAAUGUCUACCUACUGCUCGUCUGCCGAAAAUUGGGGACUCCCUGCACGAUAGUCAUGCCGAAGUCCUCGCCCGGAGAGGCGCCAUCCGGUGGUUCCUAGAGGAGAUAGGCCGGUGCUGCGCUACGCCGGAAACUGCAUCCCAAUGGAUCUUGAAAGGCGCAGACGGCAAGUUCGCUCUAAGAGACAAGGUUAAGCUCAACAUGUACAUAUCUACGGUACCAUGCGGGGAUGCCUCUACCAGGUACCUGGCGUCUUUCCAGAAUGCCGAGAUGGCUGCGCUCAAGGACUCCACGCAGUACCCGAAGCUGUCUCCAGGAAGCACUUCCAGAGGGCGCGACAACUACUCGCUGUAUGGCGUGAUGCGCACGAAGCCUGGGCGCGCGGACUCGCCGCCGACGCUGUCCAUGUCUUGCAGCGACAAGAUUGCCGCAUGGAACGUGCUCGGGAUCCAAGGUGCUCUGGCAUCUCGCCUGCUGCGGCCUAUCUACAUAGAUCGACUCGUCAUCGGAGAGGUCGAGCCAUCCAUGCGCGAUGUUGUGCUCGAGGAUUGUCAGAGAGCGCUGUACGGCAGGCUUCGCUCGAUCAAGGGGCCACCGACGACUUACAGACUCAACGAGCCUUCCAUUAAGUUCACGGCGGUCCCAUACGUUCACUCGCGCUCCGUCCUCGGACCGACAGCUACUAGUGGGUGUAACGACUCCCUUUGCUACGUCGCAGACUCGGCGAAGGACAGCGAGGUUCUCAUCAAUGGCCUUCGUCGUGGUGUGCCGCCGAAACAUCGCCACAACCCAAAGUUCAGGCCAAUGCUGUCGAAGCUUGCAUUGUAUGCGCUCUUCCAUGAGGUAGCGGCGAAGACGGGGCUGUUCACAGACGGAGAGCGUACGUACUACCAGAGCAAGCAAAGUGACGCGGAAUAUCGCAUGGCCAAGGCUGCUCUCAAAGGACCGGGAGGACCUUUCGAGGGCUGGGUGAUCAGCGGACGGGAAUGGGAACAGUUCAAUGUCGACGGAUCGUUGCCAACGUGA